UUUUCAGAAAAAAAUAGAAAAUGAGUUUUAUAAAAUUAUACAAUGCAGCAUCAGAUGUUGUCGAAAAAGCCCUCAAGAAAGAAUCUUCAAUAAAAAGCCUUUGCUUUUCAAGUCGUUUUCAAAAUAAGAAAUUGUUGUUUGCUUUGGUUACAGAAACAUUAAAGCAUCAUAAAAUAUUGAGUAUGGUGUUAAAAGUUUAUCCUGAUCUCUGGAAAGAAUUUGAUAAAAAGCCAUCAAGUUCACUUCAAUUGGUUCUUGUGUAUGAAACACUUCUCGGUAAAGGUGUUCCAUCUAAACAUCCAUAUGGUAAAGUUCUUCAAAAUAACUUAGCAAGUUUGAAUGAUAUUUGGUUAAAAAAGAAAAAAGAACACCCUAAACUACUAUCUUGUGCUUUUAAAAAAAAUGUUUUACCUCGCUAUGUAAGAGUGAACAUUUUAAAAGUAAGCAGUGAAAAAGUGAUUGAAAGAUUGAAAAAUGAUGGCAAAAUAUUAGUAAAGGAUAAGAAGUAUAACGACCUCAGUGUAAAUGAAUUUUGUGUAGAUAAAGAUAUCCCUGAUUUACUGGUCUUUGAAAGUAGAACCGAUUUUCAUAAAAAUUUGAUGUAUAUAAAUGGCGAAAUACUAUUGCAAGAUAAGGCUAGUUGCUUGCCAGCUUUUAUUUUAAAUCCACCAAUGGGUUCUAUGAUAAUUGAUGCAUGUGCUGCUCCUGGUAAUAAAUCUUCACAUCUAGCAAGUAUUACUCGCAAUAAAAGUCAUAUAUUUUCAUUUGACUUGGAUUUUAAUCGUUUAAAACUUAUGCAAAAGUUGCUGAAAAAAUCUGCAUGUACAUCUGUAAAAACAAAACACCAAGAUUUUCUUAGGGUGCAACAUUGUCAUCCUUUAUACUCAAAAGUAGAAUAUAUUUUGUUGGAUCCAUCUUGCUCAGGUAGUGGAAUUGUUUCAAGAAUGGAUGAAUUUUUAGAUAAUGAAGAAUCGACUUUUACAAAUGAUAGUAGAUUAAAGGCACUUUCCGGCUUUCAAACUGCUGCUUUGAGUCAUGCAUUACAAUUUCCAAAUGUGAAGAAAGUUGUUUAUUCUACUUGCUCUGUUCACAAAGAAGAAAAUGAAGAUGUGGUUGAAAAAGCCUAUAAUCGCUUUAAAGAAACUUUUCAUUUAUGCCAUGCUUUUCCUGAAUGGUCAAACCGAGGUUUAGGGGAAUGGGAACAAGCUUAUAAAUGCAUACGUGCUGUUCCUACAAUUGAUUAUACAAAUGGAUUUUUUGUUGCUCUUUUUGAGCGUUCGAAUCAUCAUGAUGUGAAUCUUGUAAAUGAAUUUAAAAAUCCACAAACAGGGAAUGAACUACAUGAAACAAAAGAUUUUCUAAGCAAAGACAUAAAAUUUAUUGGGGGUAUGAAAUCAGAAGUGAAAAAGAAAAAACUUAAAAGAAAAAAUCUUCUUUCAGAAAUUAGAGGUGAACCUUUUGUUUGCAAGAAGAAGAAAAAGAAAAGAUCUACGAGUAUAAAACAUCCUAUAGCCUACCCUACUUGUACAAAGCAUCCUAUCAAAGCACCAUAAUAAGUUGAGAUUUAACAAAUAAUUUAAAUAAUUAUUAAUUUAAAUAUGAAAUAAAUUUUUACUGUUAUUA